GACAAAUGGCAGUUGCGCCUUCGAGCCCGACCGGCGACCUUGUUUGACAUUGUCCUAACAGCUGAGAGCUCUUCAAUAAUAAUAAUUAUUCUUGACCUCAUGAACUUAGUUAUCAGAUUACAACCUACGUGUAACUGCUACAACAUUAAGCAAGCCGCUGUAGUUGUAGAAAAUGUCUAACAUUGUGAUAAUUAAGACAAACCCUUACGAGGGCCAAAAGCCGGGCACAAGUGGUUUGCGUAAAAAAGUUAAGGUAUUUGUACAAGACAACUACACAGAAAACUUUGUUCAAAGUAUACUGGAUGCCAACAAGGAUUCCAUAAAAGGUUCCACGCUUGUAGUUGGUGGUGAUGGUCGCUACCUCGUCAAGGAAGUCGUUGAUAAGAUCAUAAAGAUUGCUGCUGGAAAUGGGGUUGGAAAGCUGAUUGUUGGACAAAAUGGUAUAUUAUCUACGCCAGCUGUUUCUCAUAUCAUCAGAAAGUUUAAAACUUUAGGUGGAAUCGUUCUCACAGCUUCUCACAACCCUGGUGGCAUUGACAAUGAUUUUGGAAUAAAAUUUAACUGCAGUAAUGGCGGCCCAGCACCUGACCACACAACAAAUGAAAUAUAUCAACUCAGUACAGCGAUCAAGCAAUACAAAAUUGUACCAGAUAUACAAUGCAAUAUUGAUAAAAUUGGUCUACAGAAAUUUAAGGUUGAAGACAGAGAAUUUAUUGUUGAAAUAAUAGAUUCUGUAAAGGAUUAUGUUGAUUAUAUGAAGGAGAUAUUUGACUUUCCAAAAAUUAAGACUCUAUUGCAAGGAUCAGAGCGCCGAAAGCCUUUUAAUAUACUUAUUGAUUCCAUGAAUGGAGUAACCGGUCCCUAUGUAAAACGUAUUUUCAUAGACGAGUUAGGAGCCACAGGAAAUAAUGUUCGUAGAAUUGUACCUUUAGAAGACUUUGGUGGAGCUCAUCCUGAUCCGAAUCUGACAUAUGCGGCUGACCUUGUAAAUGCGGUCAAGGGUGGGGACUAUGAUUUUGGUGCUGCGUUUGAUGGUGAUGGUGAUCGCAACAUGAUAAUCGGUCGCGAUGCGUUCUUCGUUACACCGUCAGACUCCCUGGCAGUGCUGGCAAAUAACCUCCACCACAUCCCGUACUUCCAGAAGACAGGUGUGAAGGGCUUCGCCAGAAGUAUGCCCACAGCUGCAGCCGUUGAUAGAGUUGCUGCUGCCACGGGAAAGGAGUUCUUCCAGGUGCCUACCGGUUGGAAAUAUUUCGGCAACCUUAUGGAUGCCGGGCGUCUCUCCCUAUGCGGAGAGGAGAGUUUCGGAACAGGUUCUGACCACGUGAGAGAGAAAGAUGGGCUCUGGGCGGCACUGGCUUGGCUCUCAGUUCUCGCGGCUACGGGUCUCUCUGUGGAAGAGAUUUUGACGAAACACUGGCAACAAUUCGGCAGGAACUACUUUACAAGAUAUGAUUACGAGGAGUGCCCCAGCGACCCCUGCAACGAGAUGAUGCAAGAACUGGAGAAGAGGAUGACGGCCCCUGGCUUCGUGGGCUCUCGUUACUCUGCUAAUGGGAAGGAGUAUAAAGUGUCAGUAGCUGAUAAUUUCUCCUACAUGGAUCCAGUAGAUCAGAGCGUCGCUAUGAUGCAGGGUCUCCGUAUAGUUUUUGAAGACGGAUCCCGUAUUGUGAUGCGUCUCAGUGGUACAGGCAGCUCUGGUGCAACUGUCAGAUUAUACAUAGACUCCUACGAAGCUAGUGAUGUCCUCGGCUCGGCUCAGGAAAAACUAGCGCCACUUAUUAGUGUUGCGCUGCAAAUAUCGGAACUGCAGAAGUACACCGGCCGUGACAAACCUACCGUUAUUACAUAAAUCUUGUGUGUUCAUCGAAUAAAUAAGGGAGCGUUCAAGUAUUACGUGUCGAAAUUUUUGGAGAUUCUUGACCCCUCCCCCCAUAUAACGAGCCCUAAUGAUUCUGUAUCCAAUAGUUAUACCUAAAACUUACCAUUAUGUGGUGUAAAGUACUGGAAAGUGGAUAAUAAUAUUAACAAUAACGCGUACUUCAAUCCCCGCCCCGCAUCGUAACGUGUUACAGGAGACCCCCCUCCCAAAUUCGUUACGUAAUACUUGAACGCUCCCUAACGAUAGUUACCAAUUGUUUAUCAUAACAGGAUUUGAGUGUAAGCUCAUAAUGGUUGCAAUGGAUUACGUGAUCUUUAAUAUAUAUUAGAUCAGCCCCUAAUUGUAUACUUAAAAGAUUUUUGAUACUUUAUAUAAAAGAUUUAUUUCGUUUUUUUAUACAUUUGAAUUGUUUUUUUUAACUGAAUUGAGAAUAAUAAUAAAGGGAAUGUUAUUUA